AUGAAUAUCGUGCGUAACCGUAUCGCGCGACUCGGAUCCGCGUCCCUCCAGUCCACGUCAGAUCCAGCUCUCCAUGCCCGUAUGCUGACGUCACUCGCCGCCCCGCUCUCCGCCGCAUCCUCCGCGGUAUCGUCCGCCGCUGCGGCGGAAGCCGCAGGCGGAAGCGCAAGCACAGGCGCAGCCGCAGAGGUUCCCCCGAGUGCCACCGCUUCACCAGCCGCAGCAGCCGCGGCGGGCGCAGCGGCGGGCGGAGCGACGGGGGAGGCGGCGCAGGGGGGAUCGCGCGGAUCACGGAAUCCGCUGCUACGGGCAGCGCAAGCCGUAAUAGGCUCCGCCGUUCUGGGCGUUGGCGGAGGGUGCGCGUAUGUGACCUAUGGUACGUCGCGCAUGCUUUCCCCUUCUCCUCUUUCCCCUCCUCCCCUUUCCCCUUCUCCCCUUUCCCCUUCUCUCCUUUCCUCGUUCUUUCCUUUCCCCUCCCCCCCCCCCCCCCCCCCCCCUCCUCCCAUUUCACUUCCUCUCACCCCACUUCCGCCGCUCCCGCUUCCUCCCCAUCUCUCUCCGUAUGAAACCAAGGAUGUGAUUCAGUGGACCAAAGAGAAGAGGGAGGAGAUCCGCGAGAGACCUAAGGAGGGGCUGGAUGGAUUGAUGACCAAGGGGCUAAAUGCUGCUGUGGACGUGGCCCAAUGGUAUGUCGACACGCGGGCAGACGUGGAAGAGCGCAUUCAUAAAUUCAACCAGCCGGCGUCCGACCGCCUCCUACCCGACCUCACACCUCAAGAGGCGCAUGUCUAUACACUCGUGCUGGACCUAGAGGGAACCCUCGUGCACUCUGAGUGGAAGAGGGACCGCGGGUGGCGCACGUUCAAGCGGCCGGGCGCAGAGGCGUUUCUGGAGAGAAUGGCGCAGUUCUUCGAGGUGGUGGUGUUCUCAGACCAGCUCAAUCUGUCUGUCGACCCCAUAUUGGACCGGCUCGAUCAGAAGGGGUGCAUUCGCUACCGGCUGUACCGGGACGGGACACUUUACACUGAUGGGAACUACGUGCGGGACCUUACAAAGCUCAAUCGCGAUCCCAACAAGGUCAUCUACAUCAGCUCUCUGCCAGAGUCAGUGCUUCAGAAGGAGAAUCUCGUCCCUCUAUCGGCAUGGAAGGACACGGGAGCAGACACAGCUCUCCUAGACCUGCUGCCAUUCCUCGAAUGUGUAGCACGGCAGCGGCCGGCAGACAUUCGGGUGGUGCUGCAGUCGUAUGAGGGUCAGGACAUUCCCACGGCCUUUAAAGAGCGCUCUAAGCUCAUGCAAAAGCAACUUCAAGAGAGGAAGCAGCAUGGGAUUUUCCGGUUCGCAAGGGGUGGGUCCUGA